AUGAACAUCUUUACUAAGGUCCCAGGAUUAGUCCAACAAACCAGCAAGCUGGGGUCUGUGCUCCAACGUGCCUUCUACGGGUCCAGUGGGAGGAGUAGCAGCGGCUCUACUCUGAGCACUACCCAGAUGGCUGAAUUCCUCACCCUGUCUCUAAGGGAGAGGCCAGCCGCCCUGAGGGACAUGGUCGAAUGCCUUCUCCAAGUCCACAAAACACAAGUAGACUUAUGGGUGGGUUAUGAGCAUGAAAACUUCCGGGGACGUCAGUACCUAUGGGACAUGUCAGACAGGGGCGAGUACAACUGCUACGAUAGGUGGUGUGCCCAAGCGGACCACAUCUCCUCUGUCCGUGCUGUCAAACAGGACAACAACCCUGCCAGAGCUCAGCUGUUUGAGCGAGCCGGUUACUCUGGUAAGAAGAUGGAGCUCCAGGAUGACAUCCCCAACCUUAUGAGCCGCUACAGCCUCAACAGAGUAGCCUCCAUUCGUGUGCUCGGAGGAGCGUGGGUGGUGUAUCAGGAGCCCAACUACAGAGGACCCCACUACAUCCUGGAGAAGCGUGAUUACAACAACUUCUCUGACUGGGGCAGCCAGAACAGCACCAUUGGCUCCAUGCGGAGAGUUCGCUUCAACUGAACACCAACUCUGAGCUAUUGACAUUGCGCCCAUGAAAUUUGUCAGCUUUAUAUACAAACAUUUACAUAUUUUUAGUAAUAAAUUGUUAAAAGGC